AUGUUCGAUCGUGUUAUCGCAGGACAGGUGUGCUUCUUCCCAGGUGCCCACUGGCCCCAGGCGACCUUUGCUCUGUGCGCCAAGUAUAAAAAUGGUGGAGCCACCAGGACUUCUUCCAAAACCUUUGUGCUCAGAAACAGCAUGGCUGCCCUGUGGCUUUUAUCCUGCCUUGCACUUUUCAGUGCCACCCAAGGCUGCGGCGUCCCCAAGAUCCAACCCGUCCUCAGCGGCUUGACCCGCAUUGUCAAUGGAGAGGAGGCAGUGCCUGGAUCGUGGCCCUGGCAGGCUUCCUUGCAGGAGAAAUCCGGGUGGCACUUCUGUGGCGGAUCCCUUGUGAGCGAGAACUGGGUUGUGACCGCUGCUCAUUGCGGGGUGACGACCUCCAACGUCGUGGUGCUUGGCGAGCAUGACCGCAGCUCCUCCGCGGAGAAGGUACAGAAGCUGUCCAUCGAGAAGGUCUUCACUCACCCCGAAUGGGACCCUGUGGCCAUCAACAAUGACAUCGCCCUCAUCAAACUGGCUACCCCUGCGGAGCUGACCGACACCGUGUCCCCCGUCUGCCUCACCGAUGUUGUGGAUGGGUUCAAGAGCGGAGACCUCUGCGCCACCAGCGGAUGGGGCAAGACGCGCUACAAUGCAUUCACCACCCCCAGCAAACUGCAGCAAACAGCUCUGCCCCUUCUUUCCAAUGAGAAAUGCAAGGAAUCCUGGGGUGACAACAUCUCAGACUUGAUGAUCUGUGCAGGGGCAGCUGGCUCCUCUUCUUGCAUGGGUGACUCUGGCGGUCCUCUGGUGUGCCAGCAAGAUGGCGUUUGGAAGCUGGUGGGCAUUGUCUCUUGGGGAAGCAGCCGCUGCUCCAUCACCACCCCAGCUGUCUACGCUCGCGUCAGCCGCCUCCGUGACUGGGCUGAGGAAACAAUGGCCAACAACUGAGUGGCCAAUUGAGUUUGCCAGGUGAAAAAUAAAAAACAGUUUCUUCCUCAUGGCCUGCGUCCUGGGUUUUUUUGCUUUGUGAACACCACACCACAUGAAAUAAUCUUGGGCCUGUGCUUCACAGUGUGUGAGAGAGAACCCAUUUCUUCAUGCAUGUUUCUCGGAUACCACCAAUCCCUGGGUACUUACUGUUUUGAGCACCAUUAUGAAUAGGGUUCCCAGGUUAAGGACUGUCCCAGAUUUUGAGAUUUCAGCACCUAACCUGAGAUGCAGGAUGACCGACAAGGCAGAU